ACAGAGUUAAGAACAGCUCAACCUUCAUACAGACCGCUCUGCUAGGAAGUGGAAACCAGAGCACUGAGUUGCUGGUUUGUCGUGGUUUCUGUCUCUUUUCAGUUCACACGCACAGACACACACAGCUGCGUCUGUCUUAAAAGGAGCAGAGAUACAGUACAGCACCAUGAACAACACCAACGAUACCUUAGAGGACAGCACUCCGGAGCUGAGUUGUGUGAGUGCAGUGUAUACAGUCUCUGCCGCAGUGUACGGCUGUGUGAUGGUGCUGGGCCUGCCGCUCAACGUUGUGUCACUGUGGAUUCUGCUACGCCGCCACGGCCUUAAAUCCUCCAGCGCGGUCUUCAUGAGCCACCUGGCUCUGUCAGACCUGCUGCUGGUGCUCUCCCUGCCCACCCGGGUCUACUUCUACACCACAGGCAACUGGCCCCUGGGCAUCCAGGCCUGCACGGCCACCACCAUGCUGUUCCGCAACAACAUCCGCUCCAGCGCCGUCUUCAUCACAUUCAUUAGCCUGGACAGGCUGCUGGCUGUGGUCUACCCUCUAAGAACCCGCCACAUCCGCACCACCACCAAUGCCUGGAGGGCCUGUGUCUUCAUCUGGGUCCUGAUUGUGGCAGUCAACAUCCCAGAGGCCCUCUACUUCAUCAGUCAGAUGAAGAGCUGUAAUGCCACUGACAAAUGCUUUGAGUUUACUCAAGAAUGUGCCUUGAAUGUGCAGAUAGCUGGUUACGUGCAGUUUGGGCUGGUAUUCGCCAUGCUGGGGGUCAACGUGGUCUCCACCACCAUGGUGUCCUGGACGCUACACAGGCACCUCAGCGAUGCUGCCAUGGUCAACAAUAAGAUGAAUGUCAUGCUGAUCUUCACCAUCAACCUUCUGAUGUUUAUUGUCUUCUUCCUGCCCUCCUCCAUCGUGCUGAUGCUCAAAAUCAAGCAGGCUAUCAUGCCCAUGUUCUGUCUGGCCAGCAUCAACUGUUGUCUAGAUCCACUGUUGUACUACUUCUCUUUAGAUGCUUUCUGGAAGACGAAAGAGCGUUCUGACAUAGAGGUUUCACUGGCCAGAUCACACGAAAGUAGAUAAGGGAGGACACAGUGAGAAACGACUACCGGUGAAGAUAGUUUGAGGUAACUGCGUCAACAUGUGUUCCGAAAUAUUCCACAAUUUAUAGUUAAAUGUUCAAUUCUAUUUUACCAAACAGCAUUUGUUUUCUUGUUUUGUAACAGUUCAGCUCUUCUUCUGUAAGUUGAAUUGCACCCAUCUGUAUGUUUAAGAUGUGCUCAUAUAAUAGUUUUAUUUAAUAAACACUUUACAACCGUA